AGCGCCAGAAGAGCGCAUGAUGGGAUAUGAGAGUCCUCCGGCGGCGCGUUGCCGCCAUGUCACCUAGGGAGAAACACUUAGCUGUUCUCUCUGCUUUAGGCGUAGUUAGUCUUGCUCUUUAUUAUAUUCCUACUUUUCUUUGCGCGACUUUAAUUCUUGUAGUGUGUUGUAUUGUGUGUUACUAUCACAGCGGAGAACCGCUUCCCGCCAGGCUAGGCCUCAAUCCGCGGGCUGGGCUGAAGGUCCCAGCCGUGCUCCGGCGCUGGUUGUGGGGUUGGGGAGUGACCGGCGUGUCAGUAGCCGCACGGGGGAGAAGAAAGAGCGGCAGAAACAAAAACGAGCUCCCGGAGGCAGAGGGACACUUCAGAGGAAGGCUCGUUGAAACCGGGAUUUAUCGUAGGGAAAGCUUGGCAACUGACUCGUUUCUUUUCAGCCCUCGGGAUUUCCUAAUGGGGAGUUACAUCGGGAAACCCGAAAGUCCAACCGCCGACUCCGGGAGGCCGAGAGCAGGGAGAAAUCCUCGAGAGCAGCUGCGGGAAAAGCUGUCCAGACCCAACCAUGCUGUCUAUACCCCAAACAGGAGGCUGUCGUUUGCUGGGGAACCGCCGGGCACAGUGGGCAGGUUUACCAUCACCCCCCAGCGUCACUAUCCCCUGCAGCAGCCGGGUCUAUCAUCAGUGGGAGUCCUACCUCCCGUCAAGUGGGAUGGCUUCAUGAAGAAAAACCUCCGUAGCCCUCGUAACUCUCCGGGUGUCCUCAGCCCCGUCACUGUGAAGAUCGCCAGGCCAGACCACCACAGCUCCCCUGGUUUGGACCAUCUGAGUUGUGCAGGGCUUCCUAGGGCCCCUGUGGACCCCUGCUCCAGAGAAAGUGUCCUCAAGGUGUUGAAGGAAAGCCGCAAGAGAGAAGUGGAGGAUGAGGACCGAAGCUUUGCAUCUGAGCAGAAAAGCAAAAGAAGGCGUAACGACAGCGGUGGAAGUGCACACUCUGCUUUUGAACCUCUUUUGCCCAAUGGGAUGCCAUCGCAGCUGGUCCCUAAGCCAGGAAACCUGAAAAGAGGUAUGACUUCACUGGCGGAGGAUUCUAUCAUGAAGAGGUCUCGCACCUCUUCCAUCAGCUCUGGCAGUGGGGUCCAUGCCCCGAGAGGAACCCCAGGCACCAGGAGAAACCCUAUCCAGAGCUCUUACAGCUCUUCACUAGGCCUCAGCCAGUGGAAGAAGCGGUCAGCACCCAGCUCCCCUCUGUCCAGCCCCGGAUCAUCUCGCUCUCAGACUCCAGAGGGAGCCUCCAAAAGAGCCAGAGAGGACGACGGGCAGUCUCCCAGCUCAGCAUCCUCAGUGAGGUCAGACCAGACAGCCUCCGACAAGGCACCUGUGACCUCCAAACUGACUCCAGUCCCCAAGGUCCCAGUCACUACCUCAACAGACUCUACUGGUAGUGGUGGGAAGAGAAAACGGAAGAUCCAGCUGGUGUCGAGCCACCGGGACGAUCACAUCUCUCUGCCUCCCCCUCCAGAGCUGGGCUACUCGAUCACUGUGAAAGACCUAGAUGAAGAGAAAAAGGCUGCCCUCAGCAAGAUCCAGAAGGUCCUGGAGACACCCGCUCCAGAGCCGGAGAAGUCUUUCUCUCCCUUAGCCACCACUUCCACCCAGCCUGCCUCCUCAACCAGCUCUGCCACCACCACCACCCUGAGCAGCCUUCUGGCAGCUCCUCUGCCAACCGCCUCCAGCUCUGCCAUCCCAGUCAUCAACCUGGAUCCCAGCCCCGGCAGCAGUGUCGGCACAGCACCUGCAGCCUCCAACCCACUACUGGAAGCUCUGAAAAUGAAAAUCAGCAUUCCUGCUAGCUCCACAUCUGCUGCCAACACAACUACAGUGUCUGCAUCAACCACACCGGUACUACCCAGCGGCUUAACCCUGAAGGUUUCGACUUCAGUGGUUGCCCCACAGCUCCCUCCUACCUCUCAGUCCCAGUCCUCCUCUGCUGGUGUGGAGCAGCCCUCUGCCUUUACUCAGGUUCUGGGUCAGCUCUCCAAGGCAUCCAGCAGCACUCCACCUAUAGCAGGAACAGGCGUGUUUGGACUGUUGAGCCAGAUCAGCACCCCCACUGCUUCUUCAGCCUCUAAUCCAGUCACCGUUACUGCAACUGCCCCAGCCAGCAGCUCGGGGUCAGUCAGUAACACCAACCCUCUGCUGGCUUCAGGGUUCAAGCCCAUUUUUUCCGUCACCACCACCAACACCACCUCCUCAGCUACAUCAGCCCCAGACAGCAGACCUCCUGCCCAAAAUUUCAAGCCUAUCUUUGGAGCUGCCACUGCCGGUGCUGGCUUUGGACCGCCUCCACCCUACACCACCUCUAACCCAGCUUCUACCGUAUGUUCAAGUAGUGCAUCCUCAAUGUUUGGCUCAACAAAUAGCACCACAGUUACACCAUCUGUCUUUCCUGGUAUGACCAACACCCCUACUGGCACAGCCUCCACCACCUCCAUCACAAGCACACCGUCUGCAGCCCAGCCAGCUGUGAAAUCCCUCUUUGGAAACUGGUCAGCACCAUCCACAUCAAGUACCAGCUCAGCCUCAGCGCAGGCCCCUAAUACAGGGAGCACCUUUCAGUUUGGAACUGGUACCACUACUACUGCAGCUGCAGGUGCGCCCGCUGCUGCUACCACCACCUCCAGCAACAGCACCUUCGCAUUUGGCGCCACACAGCCAGACCCCCAAGCAGCCAACCAGAAGGCAUUUGCCUUCGGCCACGCAGAACCCAGCCAGAACACAACCACUGCUUCAUUUGGUGGCUUUGCCAUGUCCAACGCAGCCUCCACUACUGCUGCCGCCACCACCCAAUCCACUUUCACCUUUGGAAAGUCGUCGUUUCAAACACCGGCAGCACAAACAAACUUUGGCUCCUCAGCGGCAACAGCAGGGCAGGCAACCUUUGGCUCCUCAACGGCAGCGCAGGCAACGCAGGCAACCUUUGGCUCCUCAACGGCAGCGCAGGCAACCUUUGGCUCCUCAACGGCAGCGCAGGCAACGCAGGCAACCUUUGGCUCCUCAGCGGCAGCGCAGGCAACCUUUGGCUCCUCAACGGCAGCGCAGGCAACCUUUGGCUCCUCAACGGCAACGCAGGCAACCUUUGGCUCCUCAACGGCAGCGCAGGCAACGCAGGCAACCUUUGGCUCCUCAACGGCAGCGCAGGCAACCUUUGGCUCCUCAACGGCAGCGCAGGCAACCUUUGGCUCCUCAAAAGCAGCGCAGUCAACCUUUGGCUCAUCAGCGGCAACGGCAGCGCAGUCAACCUUUGGCUCAUCGGUGGCAACGGCAGCGCAGUCAACCUUUGGCUCAUCAGCAGCAACCGCAAAACCGUUCACCUUUGGAGGCAGCGGAGGAGCAUCAUCCACACCUGCCUCUAACACCGCCCCAACCCCUUUCCCUUUUGGGUCAGCUGCUGUCACCACAACAACCGGUUUUGGGACCGCUGCUAAACCAGCAUUUGGAGCGAGCUCCACUGGUUUUGCUUUUGGUGGCACCACUGGUCCCACAGCUGCACCCUCAGCUGCACCAAGCUUUGGUGCGGCCACGCAGACUCAGAGCUCCUCCUCAGCCACCUUUGCGUUUGGCAGUGCUGCUCCUCAACAGGUUCCCUCCGGGCCUGCUCCGCCAGCACCCAGUGGAUUUAGCUUUGGUGCUGGUAUGCCAUGCCCCCAGUUUGGAACACCAGUUGCCAGUAAUCCUGCACCACAGAUGGGAAGCUUCAACUUUGGGGCUGCUGCUACUGACAAACCAGCUUUUGGGACGUCUACCCCAUCCUUCGGCCAGAGUGCUGCUGCCGCAGGUCCAAUUCCCUUUGGAAGUCCUGGAACUCCAGCCCAAGGCUUCAACGCUGUUCCGUUUGGGUCUCCAGCGACUCCCUCCUUCUCUAUCGGAGCCGGAUCAAAGCCAUCUGGAGCUCGUCAGAGGCUGCAGGCGCGGCGGCAACACAACAGGAAGAAGUAACCUGCUACUUGUGUCCAGCACCACUUUCAGAGGACUUCAGCUGUUGCUGCUGUUGCUGCUAUGGUUAAUCUGGCUAACAUUGCUCUGUUGUAAACCCAACACCCCCCCCGCCCCCAACCUGGCCGCCAAGCCCUCCG